AUGAAAAAUACUUUGGAAAUUGACAAUCUAACCUUUCUUAUUUUGUUGCAUCUUCUUUCCGUGCAGUUGGACUGGGGUCAGUCAGUAUGUAAAAGAAAGCGUCUCCUGGCUGUCAAGAAGUCUGUAGUAUUUUUUCUGAAAGGUAGAGAAUUUCAUCAGCAGCAUCAUGAACGUUGCCUCCAGCAGACACUUCGCAGCUGUGCUGCCCAAAGACUUCCUGGCAUUCUCCGUGAAAGGGAAUUUUCUCUUGGUACUCUCAAUAAGGUCUUUGCUUCUCAGUGGCUCAACCACAGGCAAGUGGUAUGUGGAACAAAAUGUAACACGCUAUUUGUGGUGGAUGUCCUGACGGGCCACAUUACUAAAAUUCCGAUGCUGAAGGACAGAGAGCAACCUAGUGUCUUACUAGAUCAACAGGGUUGUGGUAUCCAUGCCAUUGAACUGAACCCUUCCCGUACACUUCUUGCCACAGGUGGAGAUAACCCUAACAGUCUUGCCAUUUACAGACUCCCAUCGCUGGACCCUGUCUGCGUAGGUGAUGAUGGGCAUAAAGACUGGAUCUUUUCAAUAGCCUGGAUUAGUGACAGGAUGGCUGUUUCUGGGUCUCGUGAUGGCUCCAUGGGCCUUUGGGAGGUGACGGAAGAAGUUCUGUCUAAAGCAGACUCUUGCAGGGAUGCUACUGGUGUCCCAACCUACGCAUACAUAACACAUCGUGCUCUCAAGGACAUUCCAAAGGAAUAUACUAAUCCCUACAACUGCAAAGUCCGAGCACUUGCUUUUAACAACAAUAAUAAGGAGCUGGGAGCAGUAUCUCUUGAUGGAUAUUUUCACUUGUGGAAAGCAGAACAAAGUUUAUGUAAGCUACUUUCAACGAAGCUGCCACACUGUAAAGAAAAUGUUUGCUUAGCUUAUGGCCAAGAGUGGUCUGUCUAUGCAGUGGGUUCUCAAGCUCAUGUCUCUUUCCUGGAUCCUAGACAGCCUCCACACAAUGUCAAGUCUGUGAGCUCCAGAGAAAGGGGUAGUGGUAUUCGUUCAGUCAGUUUCUAUGAGCACAUUAUCACUGUUGGCACAGGUCAAGGUUCACUGCUCUUUUAUGAUAUCCGAGCACAGCGCUUCCUAGAAGACCCAGAUGGUGUAGGUUGCAAUCAUAAGCGUAUGCCUGGGGAAGGAAUCCUGAAGCUGACAACAGGCAGAGGUUGGUUGAAUCAUGAUGAAACAUGGAGGAGCUAUUUCUCAGAUAUCAAUUUCUUUCCUAAUGCUGUAUAUACACACUGUUAUGACGCCUCUGGGACCAAACUGUUUGUGGCAGGCGGGCCUCUUCCUUCUGGUCUUCAUGGAAAUUAUGCAGGAAUCUGGAUCUAACUUUCACCUGGGCAUGCCAAAAGACAUUUUCAUUUAUACUGCGCAUUUGGAAAAUUUUGACCCCUCACUGAUUAUAUCCUAAUUAAAUUGUUUGUGUAAUGAUUUUAUUUGAAAUUUGAUCUUAUUUCUUUGAAUUACAAUUCAUGUUUUUCUAAUUUGGCUUUUAGAUUAACCACCGUUCUUCAUCAACCCUUGCUGGUCUUCACAAAUCUACUUUAAAGUUUAUUCUUCCUCUGCUUUCAUGUUUUAUGUGUUUCUACAUUUUUAGUUAGAAUAAUUGCUGGACUUUCCCCUCUACUUCAGCAGGAGGUAGGAUAUAAUUUAUUACCUCUUCUCAGACUUUCUGUGAAAGUCUAGAAAAGGUGUAAUAUGUGUUUUAAUGUACUGUGUCUGUCUUUCUGUUCAAAAGUAGAACAAUUGAAAGCGUAUUCACCAUAAUUUGAUAAGUUGCCUUCACUUUUUAUAUUAAAAAACUAACUGUCUUUUGGUCAAAACCACUUUUAUAUAGUUAUGAAUGUUUUUACAAAGCACAUAUUUGGAGACCAUGCAUCUACAGUACAGGGCAGUCUGAAAACUAAGUUGGAUUUUGAUUUUUAAUUUUUGAAAGUGUAUUUUUGUUGUUUCUUUUUUCAAGCACAGAGUAAUUCUGUUAUAAACUGCAUAUCUGUGCAGAAGGAAAGACAACUUCUGGAAGUAAUCAUCAGUAUAAAGUCUGAAAUUAGUUAUGAAAAUGUUCACAUAUUAAUGGUAGCAAAUUAAUCAGAACUGUUUUAUAGUAUUAAGAGUUUCACAGAAUAUCUAAACCUGUUGAGCUGUGGGUAGACUGUUGCUUGUGGAAUGAACUUUGUUUCACUGCCAAACAUAAGACCGUUGACUUUAAUGUUUGUUGAAGAUCAUAAGCUUGAUGUGUUAUAGUCUGAAACUUACUUCAUGUACGUAACUACUAAUCAUUUUCAGUUAAUUUUGUUAAUUUCCCAUGAUGAUCAAAAACACAAACUAAUUUUUACCUUGCUUCCCUUUUUGACUGUACUAGAGGAGUGUGGUUAACUGUUAAUUAUUCCUUGGUUUACAGGAAAACACUCAAACACACACAGAAAUAAAAUAAGUCUGGCCUUAACAUAAGUCUCUUCCUCAGUACAUUUGUUAAGUUGUAAAUGAAGCUGUAGCACUGUCUGCAAAGAAAUGCAUUAAAAUUUACAAAUUUUCCUGUGCUGAAGUUUGUUAAAUAUGGAUGUGUUGGUAAUUUGUUUUUCUAUGUACUGUAGUUUUUGAAAUGUGGUUAUAAAUCACAUACUAACCUUUUAAAAUAAGACCAUAUGAUUGUAGUAAUGAAAGAACUGGGAGUAAAAAUCAGUUAAUCUCUUUAAUCAGCAUAUGUAAUUACUACAUAGAGAUAUUAAUCAUGUAAAUCAAGUAUGAUUCUUGAUAUUUGCGUGUUCCUACUUAAUUACAUUGUGUUUGGUUUAUUCACUCCCAUUUAAUUUGCUUAAUAUUGAAAUAUAAGAUGGCCAUAUGAAUUAUGCAGAGAGAGCAUGGCAUGUUGAAGAACUGUUGGUGAAAGUGCCAGUGGUGUCAACAGAAAUAAAUGACCGCAGUUAUACAAUCACACCCCUGUGCUUGCAUGCUCUGACCAAUUAAAGCUGUAUCCCAAAUUACGAUUUUGGAGAACGUGCAAAGAAUGUUGACCGGUUUUAAGUAAAUGCUAAAAAGUAGAUUUACUAUUUAUGAAUUAUGUAGUAGGUGUUAUGCAUCACAUAGUUCACAUCGUUCAUAGGCAACAUGCCAUAUACCAGUAUAAUACUCAUAAUGGUGCAGUUUUUCAGAGAGAUAUUUUUUUAGACCAUAUUACUUUCUUCUGCACAUCUGUGUUUUUGAACUUGUCUUGAGCUUUGCAUACUCAGACUUUACAGUAUGUUCGUCUUCAUGAAGCAGUUUUAAAAAGAUUUUUUAUCCUUGAAAAAACUCCACACAUUAGCCUAAUUUUUUAUGCUAAUUCUGUUAAAUUCUGCUUCAUAUUCUACCUUAGAUGGUCAUGUUUCACUUUUAUUUCAUAUGCAACCGAUAAACAUUGUAUGAACUUUUCCCGAACACUUGCUGUCUUCGACAUGUUAGCUGUGCACCAGACAUUCCAUACUCUCUGCAAAAGAACUUUGCUGUCAGGUUUUUAGUUUGUACAUGCCAGUGCAAGCAUAUGUUACCCCUCUGACACCUUUAAACAAAGGUUAUUAAUGCCUAUCAGUUUUUCCACCAGAGUCAAUUUUAUUAACAUCUUCUCUGCAGCUUGAAUACCAAUAGUUCUUCUCCAUAACAUUAUCACACAUGAACCUCAGUAUCUCAGGGCUAAUGUAUCAAUACAAUUAAUUAAUUAUACCUAUUAAUAAUAGUUUAGAUCACAAUUUUGAACCUCAUUAAAUUAAUUACUCAAAAAUGUCAAGUUAAGUUUUGAUAAUUUAAUAACCUGACCCAAUAUUAUUCCUUACUGUUUUUUUCCUUAAAUAGUAAAUAUGGCAACAUGCCAUGUUUCUGUCAAAAUAGAAAUUGCAUAAUAGUCCUAGUAAUACUGUUAGUUUUAUGAUACAUUUACACUGCAAUGUUUAAUUAUAAUUAGUUUAUUGUCAUUAUACAUGCUGCAUUAAUCAUCCGUAGUUUCUGUAAGAAUGUGUUAUACAAAAUUGACAUACAUUGUAGAAAAUCUAAGGUUUCCUUUACCUUUUUAAGACUUUCAACCAUGGUGCCACCUAUAAUGCUACUUAUGUUAUUCAACUCAGUUCAAUGCUGAUGUUAGUUAAAAAAAAAAUGUUUUUCAAAUUAAACUGCACAUUCUAGGUAGGAUGCCAAUGAAUAAAAUCCACAGGAAUUAGUUUCACUUUUAAAGCUGUACUCAGAUCCCUGUGGCCUGCCUGUAUGAUCAUUUUGCAAAACUUGGCUUCAAGUAACAAGUUUUACACCAAUGACUUUGUAUUUUGCUAGAGUCAUCUAACUAAAGGUAUGAAUAUUGAAAAGAGGUUUUGAGUUAGGAUAUUUUUCACAGUGUUUCAAAUAGCUUUCAGUGCAUCAUUUUAGGCUGCUUUAGUUGAUUUAAAUGGAAAUGCUUGUUGUAACCAUUUCCAUGGUCUUCCCAUAUUUUUUAAAUUUAAAAUAAAUGCAUAUAUUAUUUA